AUUUAUCAUAUCUCAUUUUUCGCUCUCUUUCACUCUAUAUAUGAACAGUGAAUGUGUUAUAGAAGUGUGUACCAACUAUUUUCCCUCUUAAAAAAUGUAUGAAGCAUGCAAAUGGGUGGUGGACAGAUUGUUCUGUGGGUCCACACCCAAUUGGGACGCGUGGGUGAGCAUUCACUUUCAUUCCGUCAGAACAUGAGUCCAUCAAAGGAAGAGCAUGCAAUUGCAAGCAAACAAGGUUGUUUCUGUUUGGUCACACUUUUGACUGUAACUAUUUGCCAACCUUAACUUGUCCCUCUAUUGCAAUAUAACAUCAUUUUCUCUUUUCCUUGUCUUGUUUUUUCCUUUUGACAAUUCCACUUUUCAUUCUCUUUGGUUGGUUUUAUGCUCACCCCAGAUUCCCAUUUCCCUCAGCAUCUACCAUUUGUUCCCUUUUCCUCUCUGUUUAUGGGAAGUGGAUUCUAAACACCCUUCCUUUAUUUUUCUGCUUUUUUUAGUUCAAAUCUGAUGAUGGUGGAUGUUCAUCUUUAGCUGUCAAGAAUCUUAAGUAUUUGCUUGUGUUGGAGAGAAAGAUGAAGGAUUUCCCAGGGACACCUGGCACUGGCCUUGGUUUGGCUCUAAGGAUGGCACAGUUCAUUUUUGCUGCUGGGUCAAUUGCUUCCAUGACUACCACACCCAGUUUCUUUAACUUCACAGCCUUUUGUUACUUGAUAGCUUCAAUGGGUUUACAAGUCAUUUGGAGCUUUAUGCUUGCUUUAUUGGAUGCAUAUGCCUUGGUGAAAAAGAAGGUCCUCCACAACCCUCUACUUGUUAGUCUCUUUGUGGUUGGAGAUUGGGUAACAGCAAUACUAUCUCUAGCUGCAGCAUCUUCCUCAGGUGGCAUCACAGUUUUGUACUUUCAUGAUCUUGGACAUUGCCGUUUUGGAGAGGGAUGCCGGAAGUAUCAGAUUUCAGUUGCACUAGCCUUCUUGAGCUGGAUACCAAUUUCAAUUUCAUCUCUAAUUAUGCUUUGGAUAUUAGCUGCAGGGUAGAAUCAUCCGAAAGGUUGUUCAUGUGAUUGAAAAUCUGCAAUUGAAAGUGUCAAUAGUAAAGGAAAUAGAGUAGAUGUUUACACUCGUUCAAAUUGAUUCCUUCAUUUCAACCAGAACUGGGUCAGAUUGUAAAGAGAGAGAGAAAAAAAUGCGAUUUUGCCUUGCAAAGAAAUUAAUCUAUCAAAACUGUUAUGGUGAUUUCUUGAUCCUGUGACCAGAAGGUCAACUUUUAUGUUUAUAGGAAAUUGGGUUGUGAAUACUGUAAUACUUGUUUUUGUUAGAUAGUUUUCUCCUAUGUUACCUCGCAAGUAUCUGUUAUAUGCUUGGAAAAGGCAUUUACUUGUUCCCAUUAUAAAUUCUUCCCAUUGAUCA